AAGGACACCUUAGCUUCAGGUCAGACUUCCUGUCCGGGUGCAGCCAUGGCCGUGGUGGAUGUGCGGGCGCUCACGCAGCCUGUGGGUGUCAUGAGAGUCAUGGCGUCCUUCCUCACCUGCAUGUGUUUCAGCCUGGUGGCGUCGGUUGGAUAUUUGAACUCUCCGUACUGGGCGUGGUGCAUGUUCACCUGGUGUUUCUGCUUCUUCUUCACGCUCCUCAUCCUGGUCUUGGAGUUCACCUCCAUCUCUUCUAAACUUCCUUUCGCCUGGGAGGAUUUCACCACCGCCUUUGCUAUGCUGGCGAGCCUCAUGUGCCUCGCCGCCUCCAUCAUCUACCCCGUCUUCUUCACCUGCAAGACCUGCCAUCGUCAGAUGGGAGCGUCUAUGGUGUCCUGGGUCUGUUUCGCCGUGUACACGGGAGAGGUGGUCUUAAAGGUGGCUAAAGCUGGUGAGAUCAGCGGCUUCCUGUCCACGGUCCCGGGCCUCCUGAAGGUUCUGGAGGCGUUUGUGGCGUGCAUCAUCUUCACCUACCUGCCCAGCUGCAGUGCGUACUCGUCCUACCCCGGGCUGCAGUGGUGCGUCGCGGUCUACUCCAUCUGCUUCAUUUUCGCCCUCCUCGUCAUCGUUCUCACCAUCGGCCGCCUCCUCUCCCUCUUCCCCGCUCCGUUUGAUAAAGUCCUGAGCGUCUGUAACGUGGUGGCGGUGCUGAUGUACAUGACGGCCGUGGUGGUUUGGCCUCUUUACAGUUUCAGGAACAAUCCCAGGCCUGAGUUCUGCUCCCUGCUGCCUUUCUGCCCGUGGGACAACUUGGUGGUCGUCACCUUCAUGACCUGUUUCAACCUGGUAGCUUACAUCGUGGACACGGUUUACUCCUUCAGGCUGGUCUUCCUCGUCAGCAGAACCUAAACCGGUCUCAGGUGUUCCUCUGAGGUCGCCUCCUUCUCAGUGGAGAGUCUUUAUGAGAGUCACUUUGACUCAGUGACGUUAUCCUGUCAGAGGAUGAAUUUAUAAUAAAGA